AUUUUUUUAUUGGCCUGGAUGUCACUGCAACAUAAUGCAGCCCAAUAUGAUGGCAGGCUCCCCGCUCCAGCCCUCCCCCCGCCUCUCAUGUGUCUACAUUUCCAUCCCAUGGCCGUCUCUAGGUGAUUUAGCGCCGCCAGUCUCAAGCAGGUGUCCAACAUGGCGAUCACGGGGAGCGGAUCUCUCGCUAUUUCUCUCUCAGUUUUCGUCAUUUCCGCGGCAUUUCUUCCGAAAGGAGCUGCUGAAAUCGUGACAGUCGAAGGUCAGAACCUGGGGACGGACAACGUGUCGGUGAUCGAGGGGGAGACGGCCACCAUCAGCUGCAGAGUGAAGAACAACGACGACUCCGUCAUCCAGCUGCUCAACCCCAACAGACAGACCAUCUACUUCAAAGACGUUCGACGUGAGUGUCGCUUUAACAGUCAUGAUGUCACACAAUGA